CCCGCUUGUUGACCCCUGUUCAUACUCUGAUAGUGGGCGCGAAAUUCACAUUGUGUGUGUUUGUGUGUGUGAGAGAGAGAUAUAUGGAGUGGGAAAUUAUGCAGCAACAGCAGCAGGAGGAAGUGAUGAACGGAACUCACGGCGGCGGUGGAGGAACCGGCAACGGGUUUAUCGCCGGCGGCGGCAACGGUAUGUUUGUGAAAGUGAUGACCGAUGAACAAUUAGAGACUCUCCGGAAGCAAAUAGCUGCGUACGCCACCAUUUGCGAACAGUUAAUCGAGAUGCACAAGUCCCUUACUUCUCACCCAGAACUUUCUGCAGGAGGAGUAGGAGGAGCCAGGUUGGGAGCUUUGUAUUGUGACCCGUUUGUCACAUCAGCCGGUCAUAAAAUCAUCACCGGGAGACAAAGGUGGACGCCGACCGCUGUCCAGCUUCAGAUUCUUGAGCGUAUUUUUGACCAAGGAAAUGGGACGCCAAGCAAGCAGAAGAUAACAGAUAUUACUAAAGAUUUAUCACAACAUGGUCAGAUUUCGGAAGCAAAUGUCUAUAAUUGGUUUCAGAACAGGCGUGCGAGAUCGAAGAGGAAGCAACAGGUUUCUGCAUCAAACCUCGGGGAAUCUGAAGUUGAGACAGAGGUUGAAUCGCCGAAUGAUAAGAAAACAAGGUCGGAGGAUUUUCAGUCACAGAAUAAUAACUCUUGUGCGAGGACCGAGGAUGUGUUUAUCCACAACACUGAGAUUAGUUCUGGACUGCAGCAAUUGGAUUCUUCACAUUGCAAUGCGUUUGAAGAAAUUAUGCCGAUAAAUGGAAGUGGUUUAGAAUCGAACCCGAGUUUGGGACAGAUGAUGCAGCCGUAUUACGAAAGCAUGCUCUCAGAUUCACAAAGACUGGAUCAUUUGAUUGGGAACAACAACCCAUAUUUGCAGACAGAUGAUGAGUAUAAGUACAACAACAGGGCAAAUUGAUCUUUUUUCUUUUCUUAAACAAGCCACACUUUAGCAGACCACGAGAGAAUUGCCUGUUUAUCUUUUUUUUUGUACAUAAACUGAAGUUAGAGCAGGUUUAUCCAGUAGUUUGUCAUGAUGGUCUACUUGAUCAUUUAUCGAGUCUAUCUGAGAACAGUUACACAAAUAGCCGCUGCUAGAUUUAGAAGAAGAUUGUCUUUCUGAUGUAACAGUUUGUGGAAGAUGAUAUGCUAGUCUAGAAAAUGAUAUGAUAUGAAAUGGCUUGUUGAUUUGUGGGUA